CAAACAAAUGUAGACACUACACUUUUCUUUUUUUUUAACAUAAUCAACUCUAUAAAUAUAUAAUUUUUUUUUUUUCUCUUAUAUUAAAAAUGAUUAUUAUUGUUCUUUCAAUUUAACAUUGUGUGCAUAAAAUAUUAUUUGAUAACUGAAUACAAAUAUUUAUAAUUUUUAACACAAUAGUUUUAGAUUUAUGAUUCUUUAUCUAGUGUCAAAUAAACGUCAUUUAAAAUUUUUUGUAUAAAUUUAAUACAAGUUUGUUGUUGUCAAUAUACAAUUAUUAUAAUAGGAAAAAUAACAAUGUACACAUUCACUGAAUUUUUUAGGGUGUUUCAAUGUCUCUCUCUACAAUAGGUCAUUUAUUCAUACAAUUUUUACACUUAAAUAGAAGAAUUAGCAUCAAAAAUGCACAAAAAAAUAUUAGUGAGUGUCGAGUUGAUUAUGUUAAAAAAAAAGAAAAGUGUAGUGUCUACAUUUGAUAGAAAGCCCUUUCCACCUGAGAUAUUCUCACUGUAUUGAUAAAGAUACAUUUUUUUUGUAAACCUGACUAAUUAUCUGUAGAUGGAUGUACAAAUGUGUGAAAAAAAUGCGUAGAAUAAUAUAUGUAAAUUAGAAUGAAAAAUGAAAAAAAAAAAAAAAAAAAACAAAAAAGAAUCAUGAAACUUAGGGAGUGUUUUUAGAUUAUUAUAGCAAAAGGCAAAAAAUUAUUAAGAGCCAAGUGUUUUUUUGUUAAAAACAAAAAUUUUUUUUUUAAAACUUCCAAAAUAUGUGUUCAUGGUUGUAAAAAUGGUUUAAAAAAAUGCGUUAAAAAAAAAAUGUAAAUUACAAUUAAAAAUUAAAAAAAAAAAAAAAAAAAACAAAUAGAGAAGAAGAAACAUACUGCUGCUUAUGCGUAUCAUAAUGGACAAGGCUAAAAAUGAUUAAUGACAAAGUUUUUGUUAGUUAUUCAAAAUGUAUGAAGAAGAGAAAAAAAACAAAUAAAAUAGACGUAUACACAUACAAAUUUGGCAAACAAGAGAAAAGUUGUGGUUAAGAAAGAAAACAGACAUUACUUACUGAGCGAGAGAGAAAACCUCAGUAGAGUAUGUGGCCAUGACGAGCUGCCGUCAUAGAUUAUAUGAUACAUAUGGAAUGCUUCACAUUUCUACGAUAUAUAUCUAAAAUUUCUUAGAAAAACUUAUAAUUACAAAUAAUUUAAAGCAAAAAUUAUCCUAAUCUAUGAUUCUUAGAAGAAAAAUUUUGUAUUAUAGUAUCAUAUAUAUAUAUAUAUAUAUCUAAUAAAUCUAUUUGACGAAUAACCUGUAGAAUGUUUAGAAGUGAAGGGAGUUCGUGAGUUGAAGGUUAAAUAUAUGGUAAAAAACGAGAGAAGAAAGCAAUGUAACUAAUUGCCUUUGGGUAUUGAAUCGAAUUUGUGUUGUUGAUAAUCAUUUUGAGUGAUCAUAUUUCUAAUAACAAUUUCAAAAAUAAAUAAAUAGAAGGAUAAGUGAUUAGUUACGUAUAAUCCAAAGUGAACGUAUUAAAUUUAUAAAGAAGACAGAAUAAAGAUAUUCCACAUCACUAUCAUUUUGAAGGCAAUAGAUCGAUCAUUCUUCUUCUUUUUUUUUCUUCUUCUUCUCAAUUUAUCUAUCUUACAAGGUUAUGAAUUAUGGAAAUAGUGGAGAAGAAUUACAGAUAUAGACGAGAGUGAGAAUAUUAAAAAAAAUAAAAUGAACUUUAAAGUACCUUAAGCUAAAAUAUCUACUAAAAAAAAUGUUGAGUAAAUUUUCUAUUUUUAUAAAAAGUUUUUCUUUCAUAUACAGUAUAUUAUUAUUCAUAUGUUAUCACUACUUCCGAUAAUAAUCUAUCAAAGUAUAAAAAUAAUUGAUAAUAUAAACCAUGAUUUACAAAAAAAAUGAAAAUAUUAUUAUAUUUUUUUACAAUUGAAGUUAAUGACAAUUAGGUUUCAACUUAAUAUACUCUUUUUUCACUUCAUUGGAUUGACUUCAUUAGUAAUAUAUAGUGAGUAAAUGUUCACAGACACUAAGGUUGUUUUCUUUUUCUUUUUCAAUGUGACAUGUAAGGUUACUUGUUAAACAUUUGCAACAGCUUAUCUCGUUAUAGAUAGAUAGUUCUAUGUUGAUAUUUGAUAGUCCUUUUAUCAUCAUAGGCUUCAUUACCGUGUUGAUAAAAUUUACAAGUCUUGAAAUUUCUAUAGGUAAACACUGUUUAAUUAUUAAAUCUUAUUUAAGUAUACUUAUAUAGAAAGAGAGAAUACAAAAAAGAGUAGAAUAUAAAAAUUUUUAACUCUAUUUGUAGUAAUAUUAUGUUCAAUUAUAUUACAAUAGACGUCACACGUUUGUAAAACUUGUGAAUAUAAAUUCACAAUAGAACUUUUAAUCUCAUCAAAUAUUUUUUGCCUUGAUUAUUCAAAAAUUUUAUCUAAUUCUUUAAUAUUCGGAAUACUUAAAGAGUUAUUGUUGUUUUUUUAGAAAAAUCUGACAAAGAACAAUUCAACUACGAAAUUGUAAUACCAAAACCUUUAAAACAACUUCGCUCAGAUCAUACACCAUUAUCAACAUUAUUUUCAUUAUUACCUGAUUGGAAAUCACAUCCAUCUAUACCAGUGACGUCGAUAUCGACUGAAAACGAUUUUAUAUCGUCUAACGAUAAACAUUAUCGACGUAAACGUUCUUUCGAUAAUAGUAAUACUAUAACUUCGUCGUCGUCGUCGUCAUCAUUAUCAUUUUUAAAUAAAACAUCGCGUUAUCGUAUACGUAAACGUAAAUUGAUGCCACCGUUUUCAUCAUUAUCAUCAUCUCUUAGAAGGCCUAAUAAUAAAACACCAAUAACAACAGUAACGAGUAAUUAUCGUAUAAAUGGUUUUAAUCAAACAUUUGAUUUACUAUUAUUUAACGAUGAUUCAUUUAUUUCACCCACUUUUGUCGUACAACAUUUUGAUGAAAAUCGUACAUGGAUAACACGUGAUAUUGUUCAUUGUUAUUAUAGUGGAUUGGUUAAUCAUGAUCCAAAUUCGAAAGUGACAUUAAGCCUUUGCAAUGGAAUGCUUGGGAGUUUCCUAUAUCAUGAUACUGAAUAUUACAUUGAACCAAAACGAAAUGAAAACAAUAUAACGUGGAAAUUUGAACAUUUAUUAUACACUCACAAAGAUCACAAUGAUCAUCCAGAACCGGACUCUGUUCGUUGCCCGGUGCAUGGAAAACCUUAUUUUGAGCGAUCAGAUCGACAAAAACGACGAAGAAAAAAACCAUUUUAUUCAAUAAAUAAUCGAUCACUUCCAUACUCAAAUACAUCAAUCAAUCUAACCGUGAAUGAUACAUUAUCUAAUGAUAUUGAGAACGAUUUUUCACAAAGAUCAAUUUUGAGAUCUCGGACAGACUCUAAUAAAAUUUUAUUGACAUUUAAUGAAUCUCUUCUCUUAAUAAAUGAUGGUCAUCGUAGUCAUAGAACAAAACGAAAUGAUCCCGAUCCAUUAGCUAAACAUGUUGAAGUUUUUGUCGCUUAUGAUUCUGAUUUUGAAACGUUUCACAGUGAUACCGAUAUUACAUCUUAUAUUUUAACAUUAUUUAGCUAUUUAACAUUCGGUGGAGAUGCAGCAGAUAUUCUGAAUAAAUUUUGUAAAUGGCAAAAAGAUUUUAAUACUCCUAUUACAUACGAUGUUGCCGUGUUACUUACAAGAAUACCGCUGUGCUUAACAGAAUUGGGAACAAUGUGCAAUACAUCAUCAAGUUGCGCGGUAGUCCGAGAUAAUGGAUUCGCGACGGCGUUUACGAUUGCUCACGAAUUAGCUCAUUUGUAA